AUGUUCGGGAUCCAGGAGAGCAUCCAGCGGAGCGGCAGUAGCCUGAAGGAGGAGCCGCUGGGAGGCAUGAACGCUGUCCGGGGAUGGAUGCAGGGGGGCGGCGUGCUGGACGCCAACACAGCCGCCCAAAGUGGAGUGGGUCUGGCCCGGGCUCACUUCGAGAAGCAGCCGCCCUCCAACCUGCGGAAGUCCAACUUCUUCCACUUCGUCCUGGCGCUGUACGACCGCCAGGGUCAGCCCGUGGAGAUCGAGAGGACCAACUUUGUGGACUUCAUCGAGAAGGAGAAGGAGAUGAGCGGAGAGAAGACAAAUAACGGGAUUCAUUACCGGCUGCAGCUUCUCUACAGUAACGGCAUCAGGACAGAGCAGGACUUGUACGUUCGACUCAUCGACUCCAUGACUAAACAGCCCAUAGUUUACGAAGGUCAAGACAAGAACCCGGAGAUGUGUCGAGUUCUGCUGACACACGAGAUCAUGUGCAGUCGCUGCUGUGACAAGAAGAGCUGUGGAAACCGUAAUGAGACACCGUCAGACCCUGUUAUCAUCGACAGAUUCUUCCUCAAGUUUUUCCUGAAGUGCAACCAGAACUGUUUAAAAAAUGCAGGGAACCCACGGGACAUGAGGAGGUUCCAGGUGGUGGUGUCCACCACGGUCAGCGUGGACGGACACGUCCUCUCGGUGUCCGACAACAUGUUCGUCCACAACAACUCCAAACACGGUCGACGGGCCCGCAGGCUGGACCCCGUGGAGGGAACGCCGUCUUACCUGGAGCACGGAGCAGCUCCCUGCAUCAAAGCCAUCAGCCCCAGUGAGGGCUGGACCACAGGGGGCGCUACCGUCAUCAUCAUUGGGGACAACUUCUUCGACGGUCUCCAGGUCAUCUUUGGUACCAUGUUGGUCUGGAGCGAGUUGAUCACGCCGCACGCCAUCCGAGUGCAAACGCCUCCUCGACACAUUCCUGGAGUGGUGGAGGUCACCCUGUCGUACAAGUCCAAACAGUUCUGCAAGGGCACACCAGGGAGGUUCAUUUACACAGCACUGAAUGAACCGACCAUCGACUACGGUUUCCAGAGGCUUCAGAAAGUCAUACCUCGACACCCAGGAGACCCCGAGAGGCUGCCAAAGGAGGUCAUUCUGAAGAGAGCGGCCGACCUUGUAGAAGCCCUGUAUGGUUUGCCCCACAAUAACCAGGAGAUCAUCCUGAAGCGAGCCGCGGACAUCGCCGAAGCGCUCUACAACGUUCCACGAGGACACACCCAGCUCUCCGGCUCCGCCCACUCCGGCAUGAUGGGGGUCAACUCUUUCACCGGGCAGCUGUCGGUCAAUGUUUCCGAACCUUCACAGGCCAAUCAGGGUUUCGUGCGCAGCAGCGUGUCUCCACACGGUUACGUGCCUAGCUCCACGCCGCAGCAGAGCAGUUACACCUCCGUCACCAGCAGCAUGAACGGCUACGCUAACAACGCAGGCAUGACCAACCUGGGAGGAUCGCCCACGUUCCUCAACGGCUCUGCAGCCAACUCGCCUUAUGCCAUCGUCCCAUCCAGUCCCACCAUGGCCUCCUCCACCUCCCUCCCGUCCAACUGCUCCUCCUCCUCCGGUGUCUUCUCCUUCUCUCCGGCCAACAUGGUUUCAGCGGCCGUCAAGCAGAAGUCCGCCUUCGCCCCGGUGGUCAGACCCUCCUCCUCCCCUCCGCCCUCGUGCACCACCACCAAUGGGAACGGGCUCCAAGCGAUCUCUGGAAUGAUUGUCCCACCCAUGUAAAGGUGUGAGUACACAAGUGUGUGUCUGUGUGUGUGUGUGUGUGUGUGUGCACGUGUGUGCGUGAGAGCGAGCGAGGUGAACCAAGCACACCCACGUCAGUCCCAGCGGUGGACGUCGGUGGGAGUCGGACUCCGGUUGGAGGCGGACGCCGCCGUCUCCGUCUGAAGGAACAAACUCAACUCAGGCCUUUUUAACGAUGAAGAAAUGCAAGAAAAACAAAAAAAAAAACAAAAAAAAAACAAAACACAAAUGUUUGUGAGAGAACACACACGUUGUUUAGACUUUGUACACCUUGAUGCUUUUAUAGGAGAAUGGCCACGCCUACAACGGACUCUCCACGGACGAUGGAAGUGCUUUUAUGUUGAAGAGAAUCCACUUCCUCUUUUUGGUGUUUGUUGAUUUUUUUUUUCUUCUUUGUUUUUGAUUUGAUUUUUGAUUUUUUUUUUGUGCAACAGUUACGGUGUGAUAAUCAUCUUCUUCGUGUAUAUUCUACCUGAGGGAUUCGCUUUAUUUAUGAAGUUUGGUCAAUAAUGAAGGGAAUUAAAUGUGAAUGUGAAUGAUGAUGAAGACCAUGAUGUUGAUGAAGAGUAGGGCUGAGAGAGAACCUGCGUCAAAUCCUGCCAAACCACACACUCACACACACACACUUCCAUUUGCCAAAGUCAGAGUUGUAAGAACAGUCAGUGCGUUUCCAUGACGACACAGGAAACGGACUCAUCCAGCCUGGAUGAGUCUGGUGCACAGCAGAGCCCAGAUCCAGAACAUAUUGGGAUCUAAUCCCUGACCCUGUCAGUGUCGACUCCUUCACAGCUUCUCCUCCAGCCUGGAGCCAACUGUUUUGGAACUGAGUUUUUGAUCCUCAUUAAAUUUGGACUCGUCCAAGUUUGGAACCGUCCACGGAGCGUCUUAUCUCGACCUGAUCUGAUCUGGACACGUUCACCGGGAAUCUGCUCCAAACCCCCAACCCCUCCCAGCCUGAUCAGAGGAAGUGUUUGGGUUCAUGUCCAAGUGGAGUCCGAUCUGUUCCGGAGACUAAAACACAUCCAGAAAAAAAAAAAAAAAAACACAUGCUAACCAAUUAGAUGAGUUGUAAUUGAACAGAACCAUAUGUUGAGUACACCCAAAUACUGCAGUGGACUUUACUGGAUUAAAAUCAUGCAUCAUUUCUGGGUCAUAAUCUUAGGAAGCGACUAUCUUGCUGACAGCAAACAGCACAUACUGUCACAUGAUCAGAGGUUUCUAGUCAUGUGAACGCACUGACUCCGCCCAGCAACAGCUGAUGGUGUAGGUUCUCUCUCCCUGCAUGUGAAGUUCUAUAUGAAAUUUGAAUUUCUCUGACCUCGAGGUGAGUGACGUGACGUGACGUCAGCCAACAGUGAAAACAGCCAGGAUUUGACCCGACAACCAUCUCUCUUAUUGCCCAGUGUUGUCUGUAACAGUUGGACACCACCAUGUUUGUUAAAGAGUGUGUCUUAAAGACUGAUGCCAUUUUGAUUUUUUUUUUUUUUGGAUUUGUUGUGUUUGAUUUUUGAUUUUUUUUUUUUAAUCACCUUUGUCUUAACUCCCUCUGUUGGUUUGCUGUGAUUUUUAAAUGUGUGUGAUUAGAGAGAAGCCAAUUAGAUGUUGAAGUGAGAAAAUUCGCCAACGGUGUGUCUUAAACUCUGUGCUACAAAAACUGUCACGACAUCCGCCAAAAAAAAUUAUUUUUUUCCAUUUUUCCAUCACCGUUGAGGAUUUCAUUCAACACUUGAUUGUCAAGUAAAAAAUAUCUUAUUUUAAAAAUUCUAAAAAUUUAAUAUUGAAACUUUAAAAAAUAGGCCUUAAUUUCUUUUAUUUAUUUUUUUGGCAAAUUUUUAGCCAUUUUUUAAUGUUAAAAAAGUAAAAUUUCACCAAAAUAUUUAGAUUUGCUUUUUUUUUUCAAUCUAACGAUCACAUGAUUUUUAAUCCUUUCGUACUUUGCAACUAAUUAAAAACAUUUUUUAAAUGAAAAGCCCUCCGUGCCAAAGGGCUGGGAAUGGAACCAGCGACAGGAACACAGAUGGACGUUUUUUUUUUUCUAAUUUUAUAGAACAUUUGUGAUGUGAAUUCCAGAGGAAAUGACAACAAAAAAAAAGUUUUGCACGUGUCCUGGUUCUUUUGUUUGUUUCUUCAUUCACUGACUCUUAAAUCAUAUUUACAUCCCAUUUCUGCGAACUUUUUCCCACACAGAUUUAUCUCCAAAUCUGACACACUGACAGUUUUUGCAGCACAGAACUCGUUGCCAGUGACAUGUCUUAAAUCUGCAGCGUGUUGAAACUCCCUGACGUAUUUUUAUUUUUUAUUUUUUUCGUGAGCGUCACUGCUUCUUCGGCCCUCAGUUUGUGUGAUUCAACAGUCUUAACAAAUGAAAUUCACCGUUGAUUUGUUUUUUUCUGUUCUUUUCAUUUUGAUUUUUGCCAAAACCCUCGUUUGAGUUGUUGAUGCCUAAAAAGUCUUAAACCACAGUUUUCAGCUGUACUGACAAGUCUUACCUCUUUACAAAAAUGAUGAUGAUGAUGAUGAUGAUGAUGAUGAUGAUGAUGAUGAUGAUGAUGAUGAUGAUGAAAGCUCUCCCCCCUCGGUCCGGGCUGCAUCACUUUGUUAGCUCUGUUUUUGGUAAAAAAAAAAAGAAGGGGAAAAAAAAAGUUGAUAAUUUAUUUUAAAGUUAAUUAUUGUUUAAAUAAUUGAGAAUGGAACAUCACUAAAAUCUCAUGUGUUUGAGGUUUAAAUUUUUGGAAAGUAGCGGAAGUUAAAACUGAAAUAGGACAUGACUGAGAUCUAGCCCCCACUGGCCAGAGGUGGUACUGCAUAUGAAACAGAUUUCUGAUUAGUGCGGAAAAUAACACCAGUUUCCACUGAGCGUCAGAUUUUUCCCAUCAGUCCUUUUGAGAAGUAAAGUUCUGUGUCAAAUUCAAAACUUUGUUAAAAAACAUUUGGCCAAAGACCAGAAGUACACGUCCAAUAUUCUGUAAGUCCAGUUUUUUUAAUUUCGUAUCAUUUUACUAAACUAUACUAAAAUUCUGUUUAUUCAAAGCCAUUUCACCUAAAUGUAAAGAUGCCAUCGUUCUCCUUUUGAAGUUAAGUCUCAGUUUUGUUGUCGUGAACUGCGUUAUCAACACGUAGCGUUUUCAUCUUCAUCGGUCGGAUCUUUGUUUGUUUUAUGGACUGUAACAGUUUGACGAAUGAAGGAAAAUCAGUUUUCUCCUACAGCCUUUUUCUUUUAUUUUCUCUUUCUUCUGAUUCUGUAGAUUUUUCCCCGUUUUAAGAAAUGAGCCUAUCUAUUUAUUUGAUCUCAAACCUGGGUCUGUCAGAAUGCGUGUGUCAAUAUAUUUUUUUUUCUGAGAAAAGUCGUUUUUUUUUUUUUUUUUACAUAGUACAUAGUUGUAAUGGCUGUACAGGAAUGAAGGAAGUUUUGGUCGAUGGUGACGUACAGUGAAGCACUUGACCAGCAGCAGUUGAACCAGUUCUGGACGCUGGUCUGGGGUCAGAGGUGGUCGUCAGCGUGAAGGGACAGGAGUCAGAGGAAACUACUGUAAAGAUGAUAAUGUUGAUUUUUUUAUAAUUAUUAUUAUUAUUAUUAUUUUGAACUUUGAAGUGUAAAGUAACUUUUUCGACUCUUCACUAUAUUUAAUUAAAGUUCUUCUCUGUGAAAACU